ACAGGACAAAACCCCAAUUCUUUGGUCACAACUCCUGUCCUAAAUUACACACCCAACCAUCACUCAACCUUUUUAGUUAGCCUUCCUUCUGAGUGGGAGUGUGGAAAAAGGCUGGACUUUUCCUUCCCAACCCGCAAAUGGCGAAGCUGAUGCAAAGCAUCCGCCUUUUGGUCGCCCUCGUCCUCCUCGCCCGGGCUGCCGCCGGAGAGGCGGGGGCCGAGCUGCCGCUCGGCUGGAUCCCCUCCUCCCUCUCCGGCUGCCGCGGCACUAUCGCGGAAUGCCUCGCCGGGGAGGAAUUCGAUCUCGGAUCUGAGGCAGGCCGCCGCAUCCUCGCCACCUCCAGCUACAUCAGCUACGGCGCCCUCAAGCGCGACACCGUGCCUUGCUCCCGUCGCGGCGCCUCCUACUACAACUGCCGCCCCGGCGCCCAGGCCAACCCCUACUCCCGCAGCUGCUCCGCCAUCACCCAGUGCCGCGGUGGAUGAGAGAAAAGCCAGAAAAAAAAAAGGAAGGAGAAGAACCAAUUUGGUAUGUAUUUGGUCACUCUGUUCGAGGUUUAAGUGAUUGGUGUUGUGUGUCAUGAAGCCAUUGUUGUAGCAGAUUUACUAUUUGGUUAUAAUUCUACUUUUUGUUUCCUUUUAAUGCAUCUUUCAGAAAAGAAUUGAUGAUUAAGACUUAGACUUAGUAGUUUCCUGGAAGAUAUCAAUAAUUUAUGUGUAAUUGAGAUGUUCUGCCUUGAUCUUUCAUAAGCUCUGUGUUGUCAUUUA